AUGACAGUAUCGGUAGAUGAGCGUAGGCUGGGCGGCUCCGACAAGUCUGCAGAGGACAACAUCUACCAUGACUCAGAGCCAAACGACAGAGAACUGCGGCGGGCGAAAAGGAGUUGCUUCUGCGCCCUGGUCCAAGAUUUCAGUCCGAUAUGGUUCACCUGGUGCAUGAACGCCGGAGUCAUUGCGACACUACUUCACCAACUACCCUACCAGUUCCGCGGGCUUCAAGUGCUCUCGACCAUUGCAUUCACGGUCGACCUGGUCCUCUAUGUCGUCUUCUCGAGCAUCUAUAUUCUACACUUCCUUAUGUACACCCGACAGGCAUACUCCGAACUAGUCGAUAGCGUGGUGGAGUUGUGCCUCUUACCAUGCUGGUGCAUCGCGUGGAUGACGUUGGUAUCUUUCAUCAGUCUCACAGUGAGCAACGCGUCCUGGGGCGGUCACCGCUUCACCAUCCUCGCCGCCGUGAUGUGGUGGAUCGCAGCGUUGUGGAUGUUCGCCAUGCUGUUCUUCGCAUUUGGCACUCUAAUCCGGCAGCACACCAUAAUAUCCCUGAACCAACAGAUCCCGACACUGAUCAUCAUCCCCGCCGUUGGAGUGUCGACUCUGGCACUGGUCGGCGGCGUCGUGGCGUCCUUCUCGCACGACAUCUCCCCUCGCCUCGCGGUCCCGAUUAUAAUCCUAUCCUUCUGCGCCGUUGGUGUGGGCAUCCUGCUCGGUCUAUUCCUGUACACGUAUCUGUUCCAUCAACUUCUGGCAAAAGGAUGGCCAGCGCCACAGAACACGGCGACUUUAUUCAUACUCGUCGGACCCAUGGGCCAAUCCGCAGCGGCGCUACAAUUGCUCGGGGCUGCGGCCAACACACACGGCGCGUUCCGGGCGUAUAACAGAGGACUCUUCCUGAGCGGCACGGCGGCUGAGGUGCUCGAGGCUGCCUGUAUCUUGCUAGCGGUUUUGAUGGUCGGUCUCGGGGCGGUCUGGCUGGUACUGGCAUUCAUCGGCAUGCUCGACCGCGUGUGUCAUCGAGAAAUGGUCUGGGCUCCGACGUGGAAUGCUAUCAUAUUCCCAACUGGCACGUUGGCGACUUCGACACUACUUUUGGGCAUGGAGAUGGAUUCUCCGUUCUUCAGAGUUAUGACGGUCAUCUUGACUUUGUUUCUGAUUUUGGUAUUUUUCGUCAAUCUUGGAUUUACCGUUGCGAGAAUUGCUGAUGGGAGACUUCUGGUUGUGAGAAAUGACUGGCGGGCUCCUGUCAGCGAGCAGACCAAAGAGAAGUAA